ACACUCUUUGAUGUUAACAGUUACUUUUAUAAAUGCAUACUGGAACUCAUAUUGAUCACUAGUUGAAUAUACUGGGCAGAGGCGGUUUAAACUAAUUAGUCCUUGCAGCAUCUAUGGCGGAUGUUGAUCUCUCGUUUCUUGCAAUUUGUGUUCUCAUCCCAUUCUUUUUUCUCAUCUUCCUCAAAUUCAUUGUCCGUCCUCACCCUGUCACAAUUCCAAUCAAAUCGCGCCAUGUGUUUAUCACCGGUGGAUCCACUGGCAUCGGCUUAGCUCUAGCUCGCCUUGCUGCAGCUGAAGGUGCUCGUGUCACUAUAUUAGCUCGCAACCUUGAGAAGCUGGAGGAGGCUAAGACCUCUAUCCAUCGCUCCACUGGCAUGGAUGUCGCUAUUGUGAGUGCUGAUGUAUGUGACUUUGAAGCUGUUAAGAAUGCCAUUGAAAGUGCUGGCCCCAUUGAUGUUUUGGUUUGUAAUCAAGGCGUUUUUGAAGCUCAAGAGAUUGACAAUCUGGAUAUGAAGGCCAUUAAGAACAUGAUUGAUGUGAAUUUGAUAGGAAAUUUUCAUCUGGUUAAGGCUGCGUUGCCAGGAAUGAAAAAGCGGAUGGGUAGGGAGCCAGUUUCUAUAUCAUUCAUGUCGUCUCAGGCCGGUCAGGCGGGCAUUUAUGGUUCUACGGCAUAUGCAGCUAGUAAGUUUGGCCUAAGGGGUUUAGCAGAAGCGCUGCAACAAGAAGUUAUUGCUGACAACAUUCAUGUGUCACUUAUAUGCCCUCCCGAGACAGAGACAGCUGCUUUGUUGAAAGACAGAGAAAGAAGGCCGAGACUGACAGGCAUCAUAAUAUCAUCCUCUCCUGCAAUGCAAACUGACGAGGUUGCAAAAAUAGCAUUAAAUGGUAUAAAAGCUGGUCGGUUUUUUGUCACAUGCAACGCUGUAGGGAUGUUGUUGUCUAUAGCAACUAGUGGUUGCUCUCCUCAAAAAUCAGUCCUCAUGGCAUUCAUUGAGAUUAUUUUCAUUGGGGUAGCGCGUAUUGCAGCAUUGUGCUUUCAGUGGACUUGGUACAAAAGUAUUGAGAAGUACCAUGCUCAACAGAAAUAGUAGUGUUUGCUGAAGUAAAACCCGUGUUCUAAAAACAAAAGGAAUUUUACGGUAAAGCAGAUCUAUGUGUAUUUCCUUUCAUAUAUGUUGAAAGUUACCGUUCUGAAAUGCAUGUAAUUACAUUCUAUAUUGUGCCAAUGUUGCAGCGUCCAUCAUGAUAUAUUUUGUUGCGUCUUGAUACACUUUAGCGUUCACUCCAAUCAGAGAUAGAAAGUUGUCGUUAGCUUAUCGACAUUUGUUUCUUGCUUCUUAGUUGUGGGAUUGGGUACAUAUAUGAAAGCUUCACCGAGUCAAUGAGAAAGAGCUAGCAAAU